AUGCACAUCUUGAUGAUCCUGGAAGAGCUGAAUGGAAAGGAUUUCCAUCAGGGUGGGAUCAUCACAUUGGUUUCUGGGGGAGGUCUUGUUCCUGAAAACGCAUUCAAUGGGUCUGCUCUUGAGGAUCUGCUAAAUGCCGGUGUUCUUGGUUUGAAGAGAUUUUGCAGGAUGAAUAGUAAAGAGAAUACUACACCAGCAGAUCCCAUCCAAUCUGUCAGUCCCAUGAAAUCAGCUGAUCCCAUUACAUCAGCCUUAGAAGCCUCCUAA